AUGGCCACCCUGAACAUCAGGAACUUCCAUGUCUACUCUGUGGCCAUGACCAGCCUGUCCAGCCAGGCUCCCUGCGUGAACACGGUGCUUGGCACACAGGGAGCCGCUGUCUCCCUCAUUGCGCCCUGGAGCCAGCACCUGCUGCUUCGGCAUGUGGUGGGAAAUCUUGGCACCCAGAAUACAUCUGGAGCCCCAGGUGGGAGGUUCAGCGCCAUCUGGCACCCUGAGAGACCCCUGGGAGACCCCUGGAACUUUGGCCCCGGGCCCCUGCGGCCAGUGGCCCUUGUCUCAGAGGACAGCUUUCUUCACAGUGCGAACUCCACCUACAGAACCCAAAGCAGCUCUCUCCCAGCGGACGAGGAGGCGCUGCUCGAGCAGCUGCUGGACAGCCGGCCGGCCCGCCUGCAGAGGCCCGAGGACCGCUUCAAUGGCACCUACAUCAUCUUCUUUAGCCUGGGCAUGGGCUCGCUGCUGCCCUGGAACUUCUUUGUCACCGCCAAGGAGUACUGGAUAUUCAAACUCCGCAACUCCUCCAGCCCCACCCCCCAUGAGGACACUGUGGGCUCGGACAUUCUGAACUACUUUGAGAGCUACCUCGCUGUUGCCUCCACCGUGCCGUCUGUCCUGUGCCUCAUGGCCAACUUCAUGCUGGUCAACAGGGUUCCAGUCCAAGUCCGUGUCCUGACCUCUCUGGCCAUCAUGCUGACCAUCUUCGUAGUGAUGACCGUGCUGGUAAAAGUGGAUACUUCCUCCUGGACCCGCGGCUUCUUCGCUGUCACCAUGGCCAGCAUGGCCAUCAUCAGCGGCAUCGCCACCGUCUUCAACAGCAGCGUCUUAGGCCUGACGGGCGCCUUCCCGAUGAGGAACUCCCAGGCCCUGAUAUCAGGUGAGAGCUGGGGCCCUGGCGCUCGACCAGGUUACUGCACCUGGGGUCACAGGAAGGAGUACUACAUGAGGCCUGUUCGGCCAGCCAGGGCAUUUUCUGGUGAAGUAGGGCAGCCCCAGGUCUCCCCCAGCGAAUCCAGUUGCGCCCAUACGCCCCCGCUCCGCCCCAUCCUGAAGACGACCGCUGGCCUCGGCUUCUGCAUCGUCUAUCUCUUCUUCAUCACCAGCCUCAUUUUCCCUGCCCUCUCCACCAACAUCCAGUCCGUCAACCAGGACUCGGGCUCCCUGUGGACCACCAAGUUCUUCGUCCCCCUCACCACCUUCCUCCUGUACAACUUUGCCGACCUGUGUGGCCGGCAGGUCACAGCCUGGAUCCAGGUGCCGGGGCCCAAAAGUAAGCUGCUCCCGGGACUCGUGCUCCUCCGCACCUGCCUCACCCCGCUCUUCAUGCUCUGCAACUACCAGCCGCGUGUGCACCUGAAGCCGGUGGUCUUCACGUCCGACAUCUACCCCAUACUCUUCACGGCCCUGCUGGGACUCAGCAACGGCUACCUCGGCACCCUGGCGCUCAUGUACGGGCCCAAGAUCGUGCCCAGGGAGCUGGCCGAGGCCACAGGCGUGGUGAUGGCCUUUUACCUGAGCGUGGGCCUGCUGCUCGGCUCCACCUGCUCCACCCUGCUGGUGCACCUCAUCUAGGAGCGUGCGGCCCGGAUGUCAGGGAGCCGCCAGGAGGUGGGAGGAUGUGCUGGGAGAGCCUGGGGGAGAGGAAAGAAGGGCUGGAGGUCCCCUGGGUACAGAGAGAUGAACUCACCCAGGCCUCAUCUCUGCCCCAGGGGACGGGACAAGCCAAGAGCACACCGCGUGCACUGUCUUGUGACACGCCACCUCUUCGGACACCCUGAGACAUUGAAGAGGAUCGUGACAACACUGGUCCACUGUCACCAAGAGGCAGCGCCCUGUUGGUAGCUGAGGCUAACACCCACCAGCAGUGGUGCCUGCUGGAUUUCAGCGCAUCUUGAAGGUGCUCCCAGGCCUGGCCGACCGCCAGGCAGUUACAAAGCCAGUGCGCGUGCCCCCAGCCUUGCUCCUCUCAUCUGACCUCAAGAGGUGAAUAAGUUCUCACGGCCCCUGCCCUGGGUUGGGUCCCCAGGCCCAAGUCUGCGCAGAUCCCCCUCCGCAUGCUGAAGUGGAGGGGACGCCACACUCCCACCUGCCUGGACAUCCCAGUAAGACAGGCUUUCUAGGAAGCCUCCAUUCCAGAAAUGUGGGCUUGGGGUCCACGAGCUCGGUCAAGGCAGGGGCUUUCCAGGUUUCUGUGGUCCAAGGGCAUAAUAAAUCUUGGGCAUUUUAUAAAAGCCUGGUUGGCAUGAGCACUAA